AUCAUUUCUCACACAUUCUUCCUUUACUCACAAAGCGAAAACUAUACCUACACAGUAAAAUCAGCCCAGCAUGCCUCGAAUCGUCGCUCCACCUCCACCAUCCGGAGAGUUCCAGGUGAAACUCCAGAAGUCAUUUGACACACCAAAGCUCACCGUCGAGGUACUCGGCGAGCCUAAUCGAUCCGCGGUCGUACGCCAGACUCAGUACGAUGGGAAUAACAAGUCAUCGGAGAAGACUGGAGAUGUUCCUGCUGAUGACGUGAACGAGCUUCUGCGACUGGUCCAAGACCUUCGAGGGUUCCCUUCGCACCCAUCCAAGGAUGUGUAUGGCGCAGACGUCAAGGUCGAAUUCAACACAACCGAUAUUCAGUGGGCAAAUGAUGACGAAGAUCCGUCUGCCAACGAGAUCAACGAGGUUGCUCAAGAGCAGAAGGAUGACUUCAAGAGAAUUGCAGACAGCAUUGAGGCACUAGCGAGGACAUUCGCGAAGAACGAUUCCGCUGUCUGAGCUGUUGUCUGAGCUGCCCGUGGUGGGAAGCUGGGCGAGGCUACGAACGGAUUGCUAUAGAAUGCAUUAGCAUUGUCAUGAGUAUCAAUUGAAUGGCCAAUGAAUCCAG